GUUGCAUUUAUCCUCAACUCUGUCUGGACAUGGUUAGGAAAUAAAUCUGGUUAUUAUGUACCAGAGUGAAUAGUCUGCAUUUUUAGAGUAAUAGUUGGAACUACAGGACUCAAAGGCAAGAGAAGUCAUCUUACCAAGGAUCUUCUCACUCAGUUUUCCCAAAGUUCUCUCUCUCCAGAUCGGACCCCAGUGUACAUCAUGACAGAUAUUCCCAAAACAUUUAGUGGGGCUGAGUACAAUGGGGAUAGCCCACUGGAAAAUGAUCAACAAACUAUCACAAAGAUUAAUGAUGACACAACUGAUGUGGAUGAGACCCCACCAUACCACAGGGCUGAGCCCAGUCGUGAAGGUUCACCCACCAAAGGAACCCAGGAAGAAAGUGGAAAAUCACAAGGAAACAUGCUCCUCACCUCGUCCAUGGAUGAGAAGUCCUUGAAAGAAAACCCAGAAGAGAACCUCUUUAUUGUUCAUAAGGCUAUCGCAGAUCUUUCUCUUCCAGAAACAAGAGCUGAUGAAAUGACAUUCAGAGAAGGACAUCAGUGGGAGAAGAUUCCUUUGCACAGCACUGGUAACCAGGAGAUAAGGAAACCCUCGGACAGGAUUAUGGAACAACUUCUAGAGGAGACAGAUGAGGAGAGUAAGAGCAAAGCUCACCCAGCAACAGAAAUUGAAUGGUUGGGAUUUCAGAGACCUAGCCAAGUUGUUGUAUUGCAUUCUAAACAGGAGGAGGAGCAAGAAGUUUGGGAUGAAGAAACUAAUGAUGAUGACAUCUGUGAUGAUGAAGAUGAAGUCCGGGUGAUAGAAUUUAAGAAAAAGCAUGAAGAGGGCCCUCAGUUCAAAGAAGAUGAUGCGAGUGAGGACUCUCCACUAAGAGGCCCCAGUUCACAACCUGUGACACCCGAUGAGCCGCCAGCAUUAGGGAAGAAGGGUGAUAUCACUAGAAAUGCUUUUUCAAGAUAUAAUACAAUAUCCUAUCGGAAAAUCAGGAAAGGGAACACCAAGCAAAGAAUUGAUGAAUUUGAGUCUAUGAUGCAUUUAUAAACUAAUUGGAACUGAGAAAUUCUCCUGCUUGCUAAAACAAAAGCUAAUUUUAUCCUGAAGCGAAUCUUUCUAUAUCUUACUUGAAUUAGCCCCUUGAAAGAUAUGCAACCUUGAAGUUCCCCCCUGCCCCACCACCCUACUGGAGAAUCAUGUGGAAAUAACCUUAGACAGAGUUCAACCUGGUCACUUCAAAUAAAAAAACUUUAGAUUAAUUCUUGGGCAUUUGCUUUUAAAACUUCACUAAUAUUGUGUUAGUGUCAUAAACACUAAAGAGACAGCCCCACUAGGAUAUCUUGCACAGUGUGGCUUAAAAAGCAGUACUCAAAUGAAAGAGGUGACUGUGUGAAAUGACUUGUUUUUUUGGUGUCUUUCUUACUGCAUAUUGAGGUGAUGAAAAGCCUGGCAUUAAGUCUCUCUUACUUUUAAACAUGGGGGUAUGUACUCUGCAAAUAAACUUACAGAACUUUGUGCCUUUCAUUUUAUCCUCUGGAAACAUUCUAAAGGAUUUUCAUUGGUGUCUAAUAAGUGGAAUUCUAUAGGCCUCCUUCCCAGGUGUCACCAUUCACUGAAUUUUCUCACUAGUAGGGCUGUCAGUCAGGAGAACUCUGCUAAAUGUUUGCUUUAUGCUUUCAAACUGAAUUAAGCCCAUUGUGAGGCCAACACAGGGAGGGGCUAGAAGAUUGGUGGGCAACAGACUAGAGGGUUAUAUUGGUUCAUUUUAUUUCUGUGGCUGAAGACAAAAUCUUGUCUAGCACAAUUAAAUCAUCAAAAAUAAGAAUGACAGUUUUAGGACAAGUUUAAGAAAAUACUGCUUUCCAUCACUGCACUUUUUCUUAUUAACAGUAUCUCAGAAUAAUUUUCUUUCCUUAGACAUCUGAGACAAUGCUAAUCAUCAGUGUGCUAGUUACUAUGAAAAUGAAAAUAAUUAUCCUAGAAUACUUUCAAAGUAGGGCGUGAGAGCAUGUAUUUUUAGUGAGAAAACUGAUACUUGUUGGGAAUAUAUAAUUUACUGGACCUCGGCCCAAAUCAAGAAGCUUAAAAUUGUACUUGUGUAGCUUCACUCAAACCAACAUGUCAAAUAAUGUAUUGAAUAUUUAUGAAAAGAAGCUAUAUUUAUAUUCUUAGAUAGUUUGUUCCACAAUUUUUCACUUCAUGCUUCCAUAUAUAUCACUCUGAACUUUCUGUUACCACAGAUAAAAAUAUCUUUUGGCUCUGCAAAUAAAAAAGACAAUUCCUUAUUGUCUGAAUGUAAUACAGUCUUCAUUGUACCAUUCAAUCCUUUGUUUACUUCUUUUUCAUUUUGUGAAAAAGCCUACGUUAGUCCUUCUUAGGUUAUUGCUUAUUUAUGUGUAACAAAUCCCACACAUUCUAAUAUGUGGUAAAUUCUUUUGAUUCUUCCUGGUCAUAUAAUAUAUUUCCAUAGUAUCAUGUACCAUUAUUCAGUGUUUAUAAGCCUCCAUUUUGAAUUCAGGAUUAACAUACUCCUUUUAUUCUUUUAAACAGAUAGUUUACAACCUGAUCAUGUAAAAGGUGUUACCCUUAAACUAUAGAAGGUUUCUCUGAAGAUUUCUCUUGUUAUAAUGUGAGUUUUUAGAAUAAAGUGAGGGACAUCAGGUCUUUUUUGAUAAAGUUAGGUAGGAGACUGAUGCACUAAAAUAAUUUCCUGGCUAAUUUAGUUCUUCUAAAUCUUUCUAUCUGGACAACCUAUUUUCUUUUCUGAGUUACUGAUGAUGCCUAUAAUUUUCUACUUAACAUCAAAGAGCAGUAUUGUGUUAUCCAUCAUAUAACAGGACCAUAUUGUUAACUCACCUUAAGAGAGCUUGUGUUUUAAUUUAUUUCAACAGAGGGUGUGAAUUCCUGUGGAAUUUGAGUGAGAUGAGUGGACUAUGGCUCUGUGAUUUGGCAAAGCAAUUGGCUUUUAUGGGGCUCCAAUGUAUAGUAAUCCUGAUUUUUAAAUUUUUAAAAAA